AUGAAUAUAUCAAACCGACCUCUGGAUAUUCUCGUCAUCGGUGCCGGCAUCGCCGGACUCUCCGCUGCUAUCGCUCUCGGAAAGCAAGGCCAUCGCGUCGUGAUUUUGGAGAAGUCGGCUUUCCUCAGGGAAGCGGGCGCGGCAAUUCACUUGCCGCCGAAUUGUACAGCAUUGCUCAAAUGGAUGGGUGUCGACCCAGUUGAAUUUGGCGGGACGCUGCUCAGCGAGAUACAUCGAUACGGGGCUCAUGGUGACCUGGAAUACAAGAAGGAAUUCGACAGCGUCCGCCAUUCAUGGCAAGCAGUGAGUGAAAACAGUGUGAGACAGACGCAUACGACACAAAUCCUGAUGUUCGGACAGGAAUGGUAUCUCGUACAUCGAGUUGACUUGCACAAUAACCUGAAGAACCGUGCCAUUGAGACCGCCACGCUGCAUACCCAGUGUCACAUCCACGAGGUAGAAUUGGAAGGGCCGCGGCCGUCGGUCCGACUGAGCGAUGGUCGGAGUUUCGAUGGUGACCUUCUCAUUGGUGCAGAUGGCCUACAUUCACAAGUCCGUUCGAGCGUUGCUCCAGAUGCUCCAGGUGCGUACCCUGUGGGCACGUCAUGUUUCCGCUGGCUUUUGCCAACGGAUCAACUAAGACAGCAUGACGAUACGAUGAAGUUUGUGCAGCAGCCAGGUGUUUUCAUUGAUUGGUCUUCUGAGGAUCGGCGGCUUGUAGCCUACCCUUGCUCUGACAAUCAAGUGUUCAACCUGUGUGCUUUCGUGCCCUCAAGUGAAGCGAGGGCGGAAACCGUGGAUAAUGACUGGCAGGCAAAUGGAAACAAAUCCUCCAUUCAGAGGGCGUUUUCUAACUUCCCAUCCGGUGUUUGGGAUCUUUACGACAUGCUUGGACUACCAACUUGGACCCGAGGCCAUGCUGCGGUGAUUGGAGAUGCGGCUCAUCCAUUCCAGCCAUUCAUGGGCCAAGGGGCAGCUAUGGCCAUUGAAGAUGCCGUUAGCAUUGCGACCCUGUUGCCUUGCGGAACUCCAAACGAAACUGUACCUACCCGGCUUCAGAUGUAUGAAACCUCCCGCCGUUCACGAUACUCCACUUCACUCGAGCGAAUGCAGCAAACGAGAAUGACCCUUCCAGGCCCAGAAUCAGCGGUCAGUUUGCAUCGAAUUCAUGAGAAUGGACUUCAAGCUGACAUAUAUCCAGCCGCGGAGAUGGUCAAAUUCAUGGGAAUCUGUUUUUCAUACAACGAAAUUGAGCACUCGCAAACAUUGCUUCAAAACGAGUCCAACGCAAGCACGAACAUGAGAUGA